AGUUAUUUUGUUUAUGUCGAAUAUGCCGACGACACGUGCCAACACGUUUCGUUUUUGUUGUGUAAAUGAUAUAAUUUUACAAACUAAUUACAUUAUUUCAUUAUUUUAUCAGUAAUUAAGUGUAAUGAUUUUGAACUUGAGUUUUUGUAUACUGCUCGGGAAGAGUAAUAUGACAACGAAAAAUUGUGUUUGAUUUUUCGUUUCGUCAUUUUUAAUUUAUUUGUAAAUCACUUUUUUUAGCUAAUGUUUUUUUUUUUUUUUUUUUUUUUUUAAUAAACUGUUAGUUAAACGUAACAUUUAAUAUGGAAAAGUUUAAAGAAAUGUGCUCAACGAAUUUUCCUCUUAUUGCCAAUGUUCUGAUGUCAAUUGUUGCUUAUGUUGCAACAAGUAGAUUAAUUCCCACAAUGGAAAAUAUGUUCAUAAAAGCUAAUCUUUAUGGAAUUGAUAUGAAUAAAAAGUCGACUAAAAAGGUGCCAGAAGCCAUGGGAGUUGUGAGCGGUUGUGCAUUUCUUGUCACCAUGUUUUUAUUUAUUCCAAUACCGUUUUGUGAUUAUAUUUUCAAAAAUGCAUAUUUCCCACAUAACCAGUUUAUUGAUAUGCUAGCUGCUCUGUUAUCAAUUUGUUGUAUGGUUUUAUUAGGUUUUGCCGAUGAUGUUUUAGAUUUACGUUGGAGGCAUAAAUUACUUUUACCAACAAUUGCCUCAUUACCAUUAUUGAUGGUAUAUUUUGUAAAUUUUAAUUCAACACUAAUUAUUGUUCCAAAACCAUUAAGAGCGUGGCUUGGAUUUUCUCUUAAUUUAUACAUUCUUUAUUAUGUGUAUAUGGGAAUGUUGGCAGUUUUUUGUACAAACGCCAUAAAUAUACUUGCUGGUAUUAAUGGAUUAGAAGUUGGACAAAGUGUAAUAAUAUCAAUGAGUAUUUUAAUUUUCAAUGCAAUUGAAUUAACUGGUGAUAUGUGGAAAGCACAUUUAUUUUCCAUGUAUUUUUUAAUACCAUACACGUUCACCUCACUGGCACUUUUAAAAUACAAUUGGUAUCCUUCACGAGUGUUUGUUGGCGAUACAUUUUGCUAUUUAUCAGGAAUGACUUUCGCUGUCGUUGGAAUAAUAGGUCACUUCAGUAAAACGACAUUAUUAUUUUUUAUUCCACAAAUAAUUAAUUUUAUAUAUAGCGUACCACAACUAUUUCAUCUUGUGCCUUGUCCGAGACAUAGACUGCCAAAAAUUAAUAAAGAAACGGAUACUUUGGAUCCAAGUAGAGUAGUUUUCAAUAAGUCUGAAAUUAAUAUAGUAGCAAAAAUUAUAAUGAAGAUUUACAGAAUUUUCCGUCUUGUUGACUGGAAAGAAGAAAACGAUGUGAUUAUUUGCAAUAAUUUAACUUUAAUAAACUUCGUACUAAUCUCAGUUGGACCAAAGAAUGAAUGUACAUUAACAACAAUUUUAAUAGUUAUACAGAUUACAUGCAGUAUGCUGGCAUUUAUAAUACGAUAUCCACUAGCUUCUUUGUUCUAUGAUGUAUAAAAAAUAAAAACAAAAAUUUACAUUUUUAAUUUUCCAAUUUAAAAUUAAUUAAAAAUUUUUUGAAUUUUUACGAUUAUUGCUUUACUGUUAUAGUGGAUUUAAAUCACACUAAUUUUUAUUAUAAAUUUUAUUUCUCGUUAAAAAAAAGCUAAUUAUAAAAGUUGGUUCGGAUGCAGACUUUACAAAAUUUAAAUUCAAAAUGGUGGAACUAAAAUGGCAUCAAAAAAAAAAAAUUAAAAAAGUUUUAUAUUUGAAAUUUACCAAGUUUUUUGUGCUACUAAUUAUCAGUUAAGGUAUUUUUUUUUUGUCACUGAAUAUGAAUUUAAAGUCAGUUUUUAAAAAAUUGAAAAUUAUCAUCUGUGA